AAUAAAUAAAAAUGAAAACCCCUGGCUGGGGAGAGCCAUGUAUUGUUCCGGAAGCUUGCCACUCAGGCUGUUCUGGAAGUGGGCCGGUUGCUGUGGUAACUGGAAAGCUGAUGCGUCUCCUUCCAUGUUGUCGUGGGCACCAUGUUGAACCCUCAUCGCCACUCAGUGCUGACCAAUGCCUGUGUCAGGCCCUCAGUGGACCCCGUUAACCGGAUCGCCGGCACCAUCUAUGAGCCAAAGGGGCGGGUGCGGCUUUUGGGCCUGAUCUCGGAGAGCUCCGCUCCACAGCAGGAGGACUACCUGGAUGCUGGUGAUGGGAUGCUGAUCUGCAUGAAGCGGGCAAAGAAGAGAGGCCCUCACCCCGCAAGGAAGCCCUGCUGGGAGCCUGAGGAAACAGCCCCAAAUGCCAACAGCAUCUCAGACGUAGACCCGGAGCAAGAACUGAGCAGGCAGCACCCAGUACCUCCCACUCCAGAUGUCAGCAAUGCCUCACCAAGCCCUACACCAGUCCCCGCAUCUGCCAAGCAAUCUCGACCGGGUUCCUUUCCCUUCCACUGGAUGUGGGAAAGCAUCUCUGUCAACGGCCAGGCCAUGUACCAAGACCGGCUCCUGGAGAAACCCAAGAAGAAGAGGUCCCCUCAGACUUCUGUCACCACCUUCCGUGAGCCUCCCUGCACGCCAGAGCUGGGGAACACAAGAGCCGGCAGCCCUAAAGGCGGCCAUUGUUCGAAAGACCCCAAGCCCUCGAAUGGUGUUCCUGAGGAUCCCUGGCCCGUGUGCCAGAAAUGCCACCGCCAAGUGAGCCCGGCUCCUGGGAGCUCCCUCGUGCCUCUCUACUGGAAGAUGGACACCCGGUUGGAGGAUCGGAAGCGGCAGAUGCGCAAGGAGCGCCAGCGCUGGCUGCAGCUCACCCAGAAGCUCCUGAGCCUGGAGGAUCAGGGCCCCAGGAGCAACAAGCACUUCUCGCUCAAGCGGCUGGAAGAGAAACUCCGAGCGGAGCUCCUCUGCCUGGCCACAGAGCCCGAGGAGCCUGGUCCCCCGAGGGAGGCGAGGAAAGCCAAGGGCCGGGCCCAGACCGACAAGGAAGAACACCUGACCUUCCAGCCCACCAUCAACCGCAGGAUCCCCAAUUUCAAGAGUCUCCAGAGGCGCUUCCAAGAGCAACUGGAGCAGAGGAAGGAUCAAGCAAAGCUGACCAUCUGUAAGCCUUUCCGACUUCACUCCACGGGCAGCUCCCAGCAAUUCUCUGGAGAAGAGGACAAGCAGGACUCAGAAGACCCGUAUUACGAGGUCCGGCGGUUGUAUGGGGUACACUGGAGGGUCCAUUCUUGCCCGGACUUUGGUCCCCCCAUGGUUGCUCCAGUGAUGCACACCAAGACCUCUGGCAAGCGGCAAGAGGCCAACAGGAUGCUCUUGCAGGAGUGGGAGAGGCAGGAACGGAAGGAGAAGCGGCGAGCCGAGCUGCGCAGGGCGAAGGAGCAGCAAGUGCAGCGGGAAGUGGCCAAGUGCUUGGCGACGUACCAGACCAUGGACCACCCCUCCGUGUCAUUGCAGAGAAAACGGGAGAUGCUCAGGAGGCAGGAAAAGCAGCGCAUGGAGGAGUACACAUUGCAGCUGCAGGAGAUGCAAGACCGUGUGGAGAGCAGACCUUUCUUGUUUGAGAGAGUCAUGCAGGCCAACGCCCGCCAGGCUGUGGAGCGCCGUUUCUCCCAGGUCCUGGCUGCGCUGGGGAUCGACGAAGAAAUGCUGUGGAAGCAUGCGGUGCGGCAAUCUGCUCGCAAGUCCUCGGCCAAAGCCAUGCGUAGGAGGACAGAAUAUCCGGAAGAUCUCCCAGAAUCGACCUGAGAGCAAAGCCUGGCAGGCAAAGAAGAAAGAGAGAGAGAGAAAGAAAGAAAGAAAGAGGGAACGUUGCAGCCAGAUCUGCACCUUCUGGACCUGUAGUCAUGAGGCACCUAGAAAUAAAACUAGCUUUGGAGACGAGAAA